AUGGCUGGGAUAUUUGCGUUGAUCACCGGCUGUGGUGCAGGUGGCAUCGGCCAAGCCCUUGCGUAUGGUCUACGUGAUAAAGGCUACACUGUUAUCGCCACGCUGCUUCCCCACGAAGACGACACUCAUUUAAUUGCUCGCAAUGUCAAAGUCUAUAGAGUAGAUGUGACGAGCGAGAAGAGCGUCAAAGAGCUUCAUACGGCUCUCGAGACUCUUACCAAUGGUAGACUUAAUAUUCUAAUCAACAACGCGGGAAUUGUCUACACAAUGCCAGCAGUAGACACGGAUGCCGCCCAGGUCGAAAAGAUGUUCCGUGUUAACGUUUUCGGGCCGAUGCAGAUGGUGCAUGUCUUUCAUCGCAUGCUCAUCGCGGGGCAAGGUGUGAUUGUGAACAUCGGCUCCAUAGGCGGCAUCUGCCCAUACGUCUACGGAUCAUCAUACAACGCAAGCAAAGCUGCCUUGAUCCAUUGGGGAAACACUCUACGCGUUGAGAUGUUGCCGUUUGGAGUUCGCGUGGUGAAUGUGAUAUCCGGUGAGGUAGCCACCAACAUCCUCAAGACGGAUUUCAAUCGUAGUCUCCCUGAGGGCUCUGUUUACGGGCCCCUCGCCGAUGCCUUUCGGCAGCACGUUCGUAGGACUCCCAAUACAAUGACGCCAGAGGAAUAUGCCAAGGGUGUUAUAGAGGAGAUAGUCAAGCCUUCGCCCAAAGCAUGGUUCUGGUAUGGCAAUGCGACGACUUUAGUCUGGUUCUUCAGAACGUUUCUCCCGCAUACGGCCUUUGACUGGCUCUUUUACCGCUGGUUCAACUUGGAGAAACUGGCAAUCAGAUUCAGGGAAGGAAAGAUUGAGGGUCUUUAG